UAAAGUGUACUGCAUAAAAGAAAGUCUCUGGCACUCUCAAAGUAAAAUGUAUAACCAUAAUUAGGCAAAACUUUCUAAAAACACAGUGUCUUUUAAACCAAUAAGAGAUGUCUUCACCAGCGAUAUAUAUCCAGAAUCCAAUUAAAUAUGAUUACAAGCAAUUAGUCAAGCAUGUUAUUGAGUCUAAUCCUGGGUUUUCAGGAGUUAUAAUAUACAUUGAGCAAUACAUUGAAGAUUCACUCCAUCUAAAUUAUAUCUUAUCAAAAUACUAUAGUAUAGCGAGAGAAGCAGCUACGGCAUCGAGAAAUCAAUCCACUUACAAAUUCGACAUCGAUAUCAUAUUCAAUAGACCCAUUGAUGCUACCGUUGUGAGCAAUUGGGGUAUUGUAUUUACUUGGGAGCAAGACUCUUUGGAUGACUUAAGAUCAGAGUUUAACGUGAUUACUAUCAAAUCUGAACAACCAAAUGAAUCAUUUAAGGCUGAGAUUGAAACAGAACUGUUUAAAGGUCAAGAAUUUGAUACAGUUGCUGUUGGUGGAACUUUUGAUCAUUUACAUGAUGGGCAUAAAAUUCUAUUAUCAAUGGCAAUAUUCCUUACAAAAAAGAAAUUAAUUAUCGGUAUUACAGGUGAACAAUUAUUAGUCAAGAAGAAGUUUCAUGAUCAAAUAGAAUCAUUCGAGACAAGACAAUCGGCGGUAUUGAAAUUCAUAGAUUUGAUUAAUGUAGAUCCGUAUAUUUCUAUUGAUAUCUACCAAAUAACAGAUGUUUGUGGUCCAACUGGUUUUGUUAGUGAUAUUGAUGGUUUAGUUCUAAGUCGUGAAACUGCUAGUGGUGGUGAGUAUGUGAAUAACUACAGAAAAGAACAAGGAUUCAGUGCCUUGAAAGUGAUAGCGAUAGAUGUUAUUGGGGGUGAAGGUGGUGAUAAAUCAAAUAAUUGGAAAGGUAAAUUAAGUUCAACAGAUAUUAGAGAGUUCGAAUCGAAUCGAAGUAAAAGACAGUUUAAUCAUAACGAAACUAAUGGAGUUCAACAUGACAGUGUUAAGAGAAUCAAAGUUGAUGAUAAAAAGGAAGAAUAAAUAUAUUAUAGUAGUAAAAACUGUAUACUUCACAGGAUAUACAUAUAGGAAUAU